AUGUACGGAGAGCAGGAAAGACUCUACGGGAGAGAAACCGUCAAAAUAGGCGAGAUGGAAAUAGAGGUGUACGCCCACAGUAAUGGCGUACUGGUGAUACCAAACACCCCCAGCAACUCCCACGCCGUGAAAAUCCUUCCCAGAGAAGAUCUCCUGAGCGCAUUCACGAUUUUAGAGGAAAACGAGGAUACCACCCCGGGAAACUGCGUGAAGUACCUCUACAUCGCCAAAAGGAGGCAUCCCCCUCGUCCCAGGCGCUCCAGGAGAAGGAAUCAUCUACCCCCAGCCAGUAACCCGUGA